AUGUCAUCAGAGGAAGAGUCCGAUUUAUAUACCCCUUAUUCAGAAAGACCAGAAUGGAGUGAUGUUACUCCUAUUCCACAAGAUGAUGGACCUCAUCCAGUUUGUCCAAUUAUGUAUACAGAUGAAUUUAAAGAUAAAAUGAAUUAUUUUAGAGCAAUAUUAAAAUCAAAGGAAAAAUCAUUAAGAGUCUUAAAACUUUUAGAGGAUAUUGUUCAAGACAAUCCAUCAAACUAUACAGUCUGGUAUUAUAGAAGAGAAGUGUUGAAAUCAAUCGAAAAUGAUACAUCAAUUGAAUAUGAUAUUGCAGAUGAAAUGCAACUAUUAAAUGAAAUGGGUGAAACUGAUCCAAAGAAUUAUCAAAUUUGGAACCAUCGUCGUUUUAUUGUCGAGAAAUACAUUGGAGCAGCCUCAAAUGAAGGAGAAAAAUUAUUUUUAUCAGAUGUUUUAAAUGAAGAUGCCAAGAACUAUCAUGCAUGGUCACAUAGACAAUGGCUUUUAAAAACCUUUCAACAAUGGCAAGGGGAGUUAGAAUUUGUCAACAAACUAUUAAAAUUAGAUCAUCGUAAUAAUUCAGCUUGGAAUCAUCGUUUCUUUGUUCUUUUAAGUAAUAACCAACUUCCAUUCUCAAAAGAGCUAAUUGACCGUGAAGUUGAAUUUGCUCUUGGUUACAUUAAAUUUAGUCCAAAUAAUGAAUCACCAUGGAGUUAUUUAAGAGGUUUAUUUAAAGGACAAUCUUUAUUAAACUAUCAAGAUCUCUUAAAGCAAUUAUUAGAAUUAAAAUCGAAAUAUAUUGGUUGUUCACAUGUCAAUUCUAUAAUUUUAGAUUUUUAUCAAGAAGAAAACUCAAAAAAAUCUUUGGAAGAUUCAUUAAAUAUUUGUAAAUUAUUAUCAGAAACCAUAGAUCCAAUUCAUAAAAAAUAUUGGGAAUUUAAAUAUAAUACAAUUGAAAUCAAAUUAAAAUCAUUAUGA